AUGGCACUCAUCAAAUCAGCAGAAGAGGCUCCGAAACAAACAACUUUGAUCCAGCAACUCAAUGGUGUUGCUGUUGAAAAACAAAAUGACAUCUUUGCCACAUGGCAUGAGGCCAAUGGAACCAUUGGCCAGGAAUACACCUUUGAACGGCUCUGGGAAGAAGCCGGAGCAAUUGCUUACAACCUACACCACAAAUGGGGAGUGAAGAAAGGAGAAAAGGUGGUCUUGUGCUAUGGCUUUGGGCUGCACUUUUUUGCCGCCUUCCUUGGUUGCUUGAGGGCUGGGGUUGUGGCGGUUUUGGUUUAUCCUCCAUUUCCACCUCUCACCAAAACACUCCCAAAGAUGGAGAAAGUCAUCAAAGACUGCCAGCCUGUGUUGAUUUUGACUGACAUAACAAUAAUGGCAUUGAAGAAAGUGGAUGAAAUAAAACCAUUCUCAAAGAGCAAGGGAAUGUGGCCCAAGGGCAUCCCCUUCAAGGUUACCAAUGGUAUCAACAUUCACAAACAUGUGGAAUCAUUUGACCAAGAAGACAUUCUUGAGUCAGAUGUUGCAUUCUACCAAUACACAUCGGGAAGCACUGGUGAUCCAAAGGGAGUUAUGGUGACCUUUAAGGCGUUGGAAGCCAAUGUACACAUCAACCUCAAUGGCCUAAGCCAGAAGUGUGCAGAGGAUGGAUUUGAUGUGGACAAGAUUAUUGGCUUCUCUUGGUUACCACAGUAUCAUGACUUUGGAUUGAUCUUUGCAUCCAUAGUUCCUUUUGCAGCUGGGUGGAGAAUGCACAUGAUGUCUCCCUUAACCUUCAUCAAGAAACCUUUGUGCUGGUUGGACUUCAUGUCAAAGCAUAAAGUCACAUUGGGGGUGGCCCCUGACUUUGCUUAUCAUUUGGUAGCCAGAAAGUUUAAAGAGGAGAUGUCAAAGGCAGGUGGAAAAUGUCCAAUUCCAAACCUUGAUCUUUCCUCAGUCAAGUACCUACAGAAUGGGGCUGAGCCAAUCAGGCUUGACACCCACAAAGAGUUCAGCUCCACAUUCUCUGACUUUGGAUUAAGGAAAUCAUGGUUCUGCAGUGGCUAUGGUUUGGCAGAACAUGUUGUCACUGUGUCCUGGUUGAAUGAAUACCACCUGUCAACCCAACGACCAGAGGACUCGAAGAGCUUUGUAGCAGUGGGUUCCAAACAAACCUUCCAUCCCUGUGUGGACAUCAAAAUAGUUGACCCUGCCAACAAACAUGAACUUCCUGCUGGCCAAACGGGUGAGAUUUGGAUUGCCGGUCCUUCCAUUGCUGCUGGAUACCAUGGAAAGCCAGAACUGUCAAGUGAGGUAUUUCAAGCCAAGCUGCUCCCUCAAGAUUCUGCCACUGAUUUGGACGAUGGCACCACCACCUUCCUUCGAACAGGGGACCUGGGCUUUAUGCAAGAUGGGUACUUGUAUGUUUGUGGCAGGAUCAAAGACUUGCUCAUUAUCAACGGGGUCAACUACUAUCCCCAAGAUAUUGAGCUAGCUGUUCAAUCCUGCAAUGGUGUCAGGCCAGGAUGUGUGGCAGCCUUCUCUUCUGAUGACUCUGGUGAAGGUGAUGGCCAGCUUGAAGUUGUCUUUGAGAUUAGGAAUGCAAACAAGAUGACUGCACAGGCUGUGUGUGAGGCAAUCAAAUCUGUGAUCAUUCACGACAUUGGCAUUGUUCCUUCCAAGAUUGUGGCAUUGGAAGAAAGAAGCAUAGCCAAGACAACCAGUGGCAAGAUCCAGAGAAGGAGAAACAGAGACCUGCUCCAUGCAAAUCAACACAAAGCUGUGUUUGUCCUGGAUCAGUCAUCUAAGUUGACAGGCCAGGGUAAUGGACACCAGGAAACUAGCAACAAUCUCCCUCCUGCAGAGAAGUUUGAUGCCAUCAUGACUUCACUCCUGGGAUCUGACUAUGAUCCAGAUGCUGGAUGGGAUGAAAAUGGCCUCACUUCCCUCAUUUUGAUUGAGCUCAACAACAAGCUAGCUCAAUCUUUUCCAGCCACAAUCCCCAGUGACUUUCCUGACCACUAUCCAACCCCGGUUGCACUCAAAGAGUACAUCCUCAGCCCAAAUCAUGGAUCAUUCUUCCCCAUUGAAGUACCAAGCUUUGACACUUCAGCUACAAGACUUCCCUGGCCUGUAGUCACUCUUUUGCAGGGGGGUGGCAUCAUUGUGCUCUUUUUGAUGCUAUCUGUAAGCACAGUCCCUUCUUUUUGGUGCUACAAGCUCAUCAUCUAUGAUGGAGCACCACCUUCUCUUGGGAUCUUGCUACCGCUAGUCUUCUUGCUGUGGCACAUUACCUUCACCCUCUUGGUUUGCCUCUCAAAGUGGAUUGUAAUUGGCAAGUACACAGCCCAAGAGGUUCCAGUGUCAUCCCUAUACUAUGUCAGAUGGUGGUUUGUUGACAGGGCAGUGCACUUGUGGGAGAUGUUGACUGGCAGGUAUGUCAAAGGCACUCCAUGGCUGUGGCUCUUCUAUUCAAUGAUGGGCUGCAAGGUUCACUCCUCUUCCAAGUUGGAUUGCUUCCUCCGAGAGUUCGAUCUCUUGGACAUUGGUGAAAACGCCGAGAUCAGUUUUGGGAUCAAAUGUCGAAAGUUUGGACCCUGGCAGGAGUCUGGGCGGUAUGCUGGGUGUCCCACGUUGAGGUUCAGGCCAAUCAGAAUUGGGGGUGGCUGUGUGGUUAAAGGACAAGUAGGUCCUGGUGUGGUACUUGGUGAUGACAGCAAAGUUGAGAAGCUAGCUGCAGUCCCGGAGGGUUCCCAGGUCCCAACUUCUGCCAUUGCAAGAGGAAGUCCUGCUCACCAGAGUGGCAUGGCACAGCCGAAAAAGAACACUGAGCAUGAAAAGAAGAGUAUGGCUGUGUUGAGAAUUGCCAAAAUUGUUGGGCCCCUCAUGGAACUCUACUUGACCUUUGCCAUUGCUGGGUCUGCUGGUUGGGCCAUCACGAUUGGACUCUCUGGGUUUGAGUGGCGGUAUUCUGCCCUGUUGAAGGCUUUCCUCGUCGUCGUCCUCACGGGUAUUGGAAACUUACUAGUUUGCAUUCCCAUGAAAUGGAUUCUGAUUGGACACCGAAAACCAGGUCCAGUAAGCAACAACUCUAUCUUCCAAGAAUCGCUUGACUGGAUGGUCGACUAUCAUUUCUUUGUCAGCCUUGUUCUUCUGGACCUUGUGGCAGAAAAUGCAGUCAUGAUCAAUGGCUUUUUGUGGUUACUGGGCUUGGAUAUUGACAUUGAAACUAAGGUGUGGUGUGUACACUUCCCUCCCUCCAAGGUGGAUUUAAUCACUGUCACAAAGUCAUCGCUAUCUGUUGCACAUUUUGAUGUCAAACAAGAUGGCAAGUACAAAAAGAUCCACAUUGAAAACACAAGCAUUGGGCACAGUGUCACUAUUGACGGUGGUGUAACCAUUGACUCGGCCCAGAUCAACCCAUUGACACAUGUGACAGCCAACAUCCAAGCAACAAUGCUCUUCUUCUCCAUCAUCCCAACUUAUGAGUUCUUCCAAGUGGACUUCUAUGUUCCCUUGGUUGGAUUUCCAGUUGUGAAAAUGGCUUUGGCACUUGCAGUUUUCUGUUUCUCUUGGUUCUUUCUCCUCAUACUGCUCCAUUGGAUCACAUAUCCAAGUCAGUACUUUUGUGGAGCACAAGGACAAACUAAGCCCUGGUUCUUGGCUAUGUUUGCAAUUUACAUGGACUUGCACUGCUUUCUCUGGGACUUCUCCCUCCUUCCAAUCUUCUGGGGCACACCCUUCUUCAAUUUGUUCCUUAGAGGCAUGGGAUGUAAUGUAGAGGGCCAAGCUCUCUUCUUUGGCAUUCGCCUCUAUGACUUGCCAUUGGUGACAAUCAAGGACAAGACCAUCAUUGAUUCAUGUAUUGUUUCUGGGCAUUCGUGGGUCGUUGAUGGUGUUUACAUUGGACCAACAACUGUUGCUGGAGUACUGCAUGAGGGAAGCUUCUGUUUAGCCAACACAUACUUGUUGGAUUCAAGCAAAGAGACUCACCCAAUGCAGUUUGUGCCCCCCAGAUCGAAUGGGGAGGAAAGGAAUUUGAAAAAUCCACAGGACUGUGGAACUGAAGACACCGAGCUGGCCUACACUGUGUAG